AUGAACCAUCACCAGCUCGCGGGCUCGCCGUUCGGGAACGGACACGGACGGCCGCAGCAGACGAGCAUUACGCAGAUGGGGCAGGUCGGGCACGGGCAUCCGGUGGGGAUGCAUAUGGGGGUCGGGCAGAUUGGGCAGAUUGGAGGGGGAGUUGGAGGGGGGAUUGGAGGGCAGGUUAAUGUGAAUGGGGGUAUGGGCAUGGGCGGCGGUCAGAUCCACGCGGGUCAGAUGGUGCAUGGGCACGGACACGGACACGGGCACGGGGGCCAGAUGGUCGUGGGCGUUAACAUGCCUGGCUUGAACCCGGCCCAGCUCGACGAGUUUCGACGACGACAGCAGCAGCAGCAGCAACAACAACAACAGCAGCAGCAGCAGCACCCGCCGACGCAGCUGCAGGGCCCGCCGCCGCUGCUCAGCGCGCAUCAUCAGCACCCCCCGCCGCUACCGAUGCAGCAUUCCAGUCAACAUCAACAGCAAUAUCCGCAGGCGGUCCGGCGCGUGGGCUCGACGCCGAAUCUGGCGGGGAGUGCCGUGCAGCAUCAGCAGGGCAUGGGCGCGCCGCGGCAGGCGCGGCUGAGCCAGGGCCCCGAGUUUUAUCAGCGGCCGGGCAGCGCGGGGCCGGGCGUGCAGGUCGGCACGCCGCUGGGCGUGGGGAGCCUGGGCACGAGCGUCGGCGGGUUCCCGACGCCCGCGCAGCAGUACUCCGUUAUGCACGGGGGCCAGGGCCGCCCGCCCAGCGCGGCGUCGCCGGCCGGCGCGGGCGAUAUGGGGCCGCCGGCAAGACCGGUGAGCGCCGCGCCGGGGCCGAUGGGCGCGCUGCCGCACCACGCGCAUCAGCAGGCUCAGGGAAGUCUGCCGCCCGGCGCGGUGCUGUUCUCGCGCCCGAAUAAUAUCGGCGGGCCGCAGCCGGGGCAGCAGAUGGUUAAUGGGCACGGGCCGAUGGUCAACGGCAACGGUGGCCCGCCACAGCCGCCACCGCCGAAUGGAUUGCAGCAUCCGCCGAGUGGGCAGCUGGGACCGGGGCAGGGCGAUGGGAGGCAUCCGCUGUCGGGCCCGCAUGUGCAGCAUCAGAUGAAUGGGCAUCAUGCGGGUAUGGGUGGGCCGGGGACGCAUAUGAGUAUGGGGGUGCCGCCGCCGCCGCACGGGCAGCAGCAGCAGCAGCAUGCUGGGCAGCCACCGCCGAAUGGGCAACAUCAAGGUCAACCGCAGCAGCAGCAGCCUGGGCAACCGGGGCAAGCUCAGCAGCAACAGCAGCAGCAGCAUCCGCAGAUGAACGGACAUCCGCCACAGCAGCAGCAGCCACAGCAAGCACAGCAACAGCAGCAACAACCGCCACCGCCAAUUCAAACUCAACAACUACAGCAAUCUCGACCAGGAAGCGCCGCGCCCUCGAGCGCGCACACAACCAUCACGGCUCAAGACGCGAGCCCUGGACGUCCGGCGACGGGUCAACUGCCUACGCCUGCGCCUGGACCUCCGCAACAACCACAAGCUCAGGCGCAGACUGGGACGCCACAGCAGGCGGCGAGGGGAGUCGGGCUGCAACCUGCUUUCGGGCACGGCGCUGCGCUCGCGCGACUGGUGCAGUUCUCGGGCGCGCUGGCGGUUUCGCAGACGAGUCUGACGGCGGACGAGUUGAGGGAGCAUACGAACAACAGAUGCACGCUCAGGUUCUGGGACAACUUCAUGAAGGAGUGGUUCGCGGACGGCGCGGUCGUCAGGUUACAGCUGUGGAAGGACAACCAGACGGCGGAGUGCAAGAGCUUCGAGAUUACGACGCCCGUCAUCCCGCGCUUCUUCCUCGCGACCUCCCAGUCCGGCGUGCGCGGGAUGUCGCUAGGGCUGGACGACGCGAAGGAGACGCCUACGACGCUGCACCAUGCGGAGGUGCGGACGAGCGCGGCGCAGUGGGUCUACCGAUAUGUGACGGGAUAUACCGUCGUGCUCCGCGGCCAGAUCUGCGCGCGGUUUUCGAUGGCGCCGCCCCCGCCCGGCGCGAGCGCGCAGUUGGCGAGUGCUGGUGCUGUGGCGCCGAUCCGGAUUGAAGAGAUCAGCUUCACCUCGCACAAAUUCGACGUGCUGAUCGACUUCGAAGCGAUAAUGCCGCGCGAGCUCCGCGAGCACGUCCCCGCGCGCGAGACCGCGCCGUCGACGCCCGCGCAGCCGCACGCGCAGCCGAACCGGCCCGACGUCGAGCGGUGGGUCCAGAGCCAGAGCGUGCAGCCGUGGGGGCAGAGCGCGCCCGCUACGCCGACGUUGCAGGCGCAGGGGCCUGGUGCGAGUGGAGGGGGGACGUUGGUUAAUGGCGUUGGAGGAGGUAUUGGAGGAGGGGGAGGGGG